CUUCCUCCAAUGCUGCUCUUCGAUCAUUGGAUUUGAGUUCUUCCGCCACAACGAGAAGCCGAUCGGCCGAUCGGCCUUUGCCCUAAUGAUGACGGAACUACCAUUCGUGCCCAGGGAGAGGCUUCUGAAGCAUCAGCAAUAUUUUCAGCACGUUCAUAGGCAUACGUAUUUGAAAGGACGUUUCGAUAAAAUAACGUCUGUCGCAAUCCCUCUAGCAUUGGCAGGCUCUUGCUUGGCCCUCAUUGGACGUGGGGUUUACAACAUGUCCAAUGGAAUUGGUAAGCAGGCUUGAUUGGUUUAAGUUUUAAUGAUGUUUUGCAUCCGACAUGGCAUUGGAAAGGUUUGUGGUCAUUUAUAAUAAUUGUUAGUUUGAGAAGUGCAUCUUUGGUUGUUCUUAUUGUUUCUACAGAAGCCAGAGUACUUUGCUGAGUUUACAGCAUGAAAAAGGUUACGGUGACUACUAUGUCGUUUGUUUGAAAAUAUUGGGAGUUUGGGAACUUAUUUUUGAUAAACUUCUCUUCGUUUUA